CUGAUCGGCCGCAACGGCGCGGGCAAGACCUCUUUGCUCCGGCUCAUCACCGGCCGGCUCGAACCCGACGACGGCGAGAUCCACACCCAGAGCCGCAUCCGCGUCAGCGAGUUGGAGCAGGCGCUCCCCGAGGAGCUCCGGCAAACGGUGCGGGAAUACGUCACCACCGGGCUGGCGGAUCUGCAGGCCCUCAUCGAUCUCUAUCAGCAGCGGUCCCAGGAGACUCUGGACCGAAAGGGCCUGCUGGAGCUGGAGGCGCUGCAUCGGGAGAUCGACGCCCACGGCGGCUGGCACCUGGACCAGCGCGUGGAUACGGUCCUGAGCGAGCUGGAUCUGCCGGCGGACCGGCGGCUGGAGGAGCUGUCCGGCGGCUGGCAGCGCCGGGUGGGGCUGGCCCGGGCCAUCGUCGGCAACGCCGAGCUGCUGCUGCUCGACGAGCCCACCAACCAUCUCGACCUGAGCACGAUCCAGUGGCUCGAGGACCGGGUCUACAACUACGCGGGCAGCGUCCUGUUCAUCACCCACGACCGCGCCUUCCUGCGGCGGCUCGCCACCCGCAUCGUGGAGCUGGACCGCACCCGGCUCACGAGCUGGCCCGGCAACUACUGA